AUGUAUAUAAAUGGGAAGAAAUGGGAAAGAAAAGAGAGAGGGAGGGAGAAGAGAAGCAAUUAAACGUGUUUGAAGGACUCAGAACGCGUGAUUUCCCGUGAUUCUUUUAAACCCUCUCUUUCUCUCUCUCUAAAAAUUCAUAUUUCAAACAAACUUCAAUCUCUCUCCCAAAUCCUUCACAACAUUCUCCGUUUUCCAAGAAUUAAUUGUGAUGAAUUUCUGUUGAGAAUCCACGGAAAUAGAUAAGAGAUUUGUAAUUGAAUCGGUUUCUUAUAUUUUUCAUGGACGCGGAGGAGUCGAAGAACUCGAGAAGGUUAUUGGAACAGCCGAAUAACCGUCGGAAGAUUGUUUCCGAUGUUACUGCGGAAGGUAGAGAACAGAGGUGGAGAACUGAAGUCGAGCAACAGAUCUACUCAUCGAGGCUCGCGGAAGCGCUUCGUCGAGUCAGCCGGCGGCGGUCCUCGUCGUAUGCGAGAUCUCCGAUUAACGGACGGCUAGUUCGCGAAACUGCAGAUUGCGUACUCGCCGCUACAGCCAAGGGGAGGACUCGAUGGAGUCGCGCGAUUUUGGCGAGUCGAUUCCGCCAGAGGCUCGCUAGACGUCGGAGGACGAAGAAACUGCUCGGCUGUAAACCGUCGCGCGUGGCGGAGGCGAAGAAUGAGAAGAUUAGGAAGUUGCCGGCGGUGCAGAGGAAGGUGAAAAUUCUUGGCCGGUUGGUUCCUGGUUGCCGGAAACUCUCGUUCCCGAACCUUCUGGAAGAAGCGACCGAUUACAUAUCGGCUUUAGAGAUGCAGGUAAAAGCCAUGGCGGCGCUGGCCGAACUCCUCGCCGGAACUCAAAGCAAUUUGCUCGGAAUCUCGAACGAUUCUUGAGAUUCAUAAUCGUUCCACAGACUCGAAAAUCGGAAUCGCCGCCGUGGUUUAUUUUUGUUUUCCAAUUGAUUUUUUUUCCCGGCAGUUAUAUUUUUAUUUGUUUUGUUGUUUCCAUGUAUCUUAUUGUAUAUGUUAAAUUAUAAAUUUAGAUUCUAAAUUUCCCUUUAUUUUGAUAUUCGUUAUGUUUUAUCGCUUA